AUGGCCGAGGAAAUCGACGAGUGGGAUAAACGAAUCCAGGAUACAGGGUGUGCAAAGGAGAAUGAAGCUGUGCUGAUUUGUUACGCGGAUAAGGGACGGGACUGGCGGGCAUGUAAGGAAGAGGUCGCAAAAUUCAAGGCGUGUCAUGAUAGAUAUGUCAAGAUGAAGGAGGCAGCGGAGGGCGUCAAGCUCGUCCGCUGA